AUGUCAUUCCUAACUGCAUCUAGUGCUCCAACAUCCACUACGAGUGCAGCCACGGGCCAAGAGCUCAUGAAUGAUAUUACCAUCAACAAUGGUCCCGAGGAUUCAAUUGAAGAUAUUUCAUUCUCACCACAACAAGAUCUCUUGGCUGUUGCUAGUUGGGAUAAAAAAGUGAGAAUCUAUGAGAUUGAUUCAAACACAGGGAACAAUCAGGGGAAGGCCAUGUAUGAACACAGUGCACCCGUGUUUUCGUCACGGUGGUCCACUGAUGGUACAAAGGUUGUUAGUGGAGGAGCAGAUAAUCAAGUCAAAAUAUUCGACUUAGCAACACAACAACAACAGCAAAUUGGACAGCACGAUGCACCAGUGAGGGCAGUAAGAUACGUUGAGUGUGGCCCAACAAAUACCCCAGUGGUUGCCAGUGGAUCGUGGGAUAAGACCUUAAAGUAUUGGGACAUGAGAACGCCAAACCCUGUUAGUACAAUCAACUUACCAGAGCGGUGCUACACGAUGGAUUCAUCACAGAAACUAUUGGUUGUGGGCUGUGCAGAGAGGCAUAUCAGUAUAAUAGACUUGAACAAUCCACAAGCAAUUUGGAAGACUAGUCAAUCUCCUUUGAAAUGGCAGACAAGAACAAUAGCAUGCUACCCACAAGCAAAUGGGUUCGCUGUGGGUUCAAUUGAAGGUCGUUGUGCAAUCCAAUACAUUAAUGACAGCGAGCAGAAAAAGUUUGGAUUUUCAUUCAAGUGUCACAGAAAAUCUGGAUCUAGUACAUCAACAACAGGAGUUCGAACGACAUCCAGUACUAGCGAGUCACAAGCCUACCCUGUUAAUGCCAUUUCAUUCCAUCCUAUAUACGGUACCUUUAGUACUGCAGGGUCAGAUGGAACAUUUUGUUUCUGGGACAAGGAUGCAAAACAAAGAUUAAAACUGUUUCCAGAAUUGCCAGGUACUGUUUCAGCUACCGCUUUUAAUAAGAAUGGUACGAUAUUUGCCUAUGCAGUUAGUUACGACUGGUCGCUAGGCUACAUGGGUAAUAGACCAGACUAUCCGAACAUUGUUAAAUUACACGCAACAAAAGAUGUGGAAAUCAAACAGAAGAACAAGAGGUAA